AUGGAAACUUUCUCGUGGAUGAUGGAAAAAGCGACGAUUGAAGGUAUUUUUCGUGGUCUUAAACUUCCUAAUAAUGGUCCGUUAUUGUCCCAUUUAUUGUUUGCGGAUGAUGCUCUUUUGGUGGGAGAAUGGAAUCGAGAGAACGUGAAAAAUAUGGCUCGCCUCCUAAGAUGCUUUAACCUUGUCUCGGGUCUAAGUAUCAAUUAUGGGAAAUCAAAUUUGUUCAGUGUCAAUGUGGUGCAAGAAGAGGUUGCGGGGGUAGCAAGAGAGAUUGGUUGCAAGAACGGGAUUUUCCCAUGUAACUACCUCGGGUUAAUGAUUAGAACUAAUAUGAAUAAAGUGGUGAGCUGGAAAUCGGUCUUGGAUGCUUUUGAUAAAAGAUUGGCGGUUUGGAAGAAAACAACUUUAUCGGAAGGGGGGCGUCUAACCCUCCUCAAAGCGGUAAUGGAAACCAUCCCCACUUAUUACUUUUCGCUUUUCAAAGCGCCCGUGAAGAUUAUAAAACAACUUGAAGCGAAAAGAAGAUCUUUUUUCUGGGGAGUAUCGGAAGACAAAAAUAAAAUGUGUUGCGUUAAGUGGGAGAAGGUUACAAGACCGAAAGAGGACGGGGGCCUUGGCCUUACCCCGUUACGGGAUACAAACAUUGCUUUAUUAUCUAAAUGGUGGUGGCGGUUUAAAUUAGAGAAAAAUGCACUUUGGAGAAAGGUUAUUGAAGCGAUCCAUAACAACAAGAAAGAAUAUUCGUAUAUGCCAGUGAUUAAGUCCAUUGCGGGUGCCUGGUAG